AGUGACUCAUACGUGGAUGCUUUUUCUUUCUGUGUCACUGAUUCGCGUUGUUCACUGUGCCUGACUAUGCCACAGAAAGAGAGCCUUAAUACUCAAGGAUGAGCCCUGGCACACGGGUUACUUGGCAUUAAACACACCGCUGGUCAACUUUGUGCUGACCCAUGUUGAAGGUGGCGUCUCCUCUCUAGGUUUCCUUCGGUACACUUGUCCGGGUCACCCAGAGAUCAAAUGAAAAGGAUGGCUAUGACACUGGAUGAGUUCACCCGCUCGGUGGAUGCCAAGUCUCUCCCUAGAGUACUGCAGAUGCAAUCUGGAUAUUAUUUCCAAGGUUCUGUGUAUGAGCUGUAUGGAAGAGAGGGGAGUUUCUCCUGCGGAGAGCUGCUGAAGAUCAUUGGGAUCAGUGUCACCAGACUCAUCGUGGAGCUUCAGUCUGAGGGAUCCAAAUCCAUAACAGUCGAUCUAUCGCUUGACUACCCAGGCCUUUUCAGGAUCGUGGCCGACAAGAGGCCAUACACCAGUAUACAGGAGAUUGUUGACUCGGUGCGUAUCAGCCCUGUGUGCCUGGGCCAACCAGAGUUCUACUGCCCUGAGAAGCUACAGCUUCCUGAGGGGACCAUCCAGGCAGAGGAGAGCUUCAGACUCACUGCUAUUAGGACAGAGCACGGAGACAGCCAUGUUGACUGUGAGGUCACACGGAAAGACUCCAAGCACAUCUUCGCUGUGAAGCUCUCGCACACUGGGGAGUUCUAUGAGUGUGCCGACGACCAGUUCUACACCCUCGGGGAGCUGGUGGAAUGGAAAAUGCCCAAAGGAAGGAAAAGGACAGUGACUUGGGCCAAGUCUUUGCCGUCAAAGGAGAAGUGCGAGUCUGAGUUGCCAGAGGACUACAGCGGAGAGUUGGUUCUCACACCUGUCUACGAGCUUCAAACGGUAUCCAAGUUUGGGAAGAAUGUUGUUUUCAUCCCAUCCACCCUGGAUGUUGAGGUUUUGGACGUUACAGAGGAGUGUGACGGUGCCUGUUUCAUGCAGCCUCUGUCCUUCCGUGAUGUCUUUGCCAAGCCCAGCGAGUUCUUCCCCUUCAAAGCAGAAGUCAUCGAGCCACCAUCACAAGUUCAGGAGGAAUUGGGUUUCCUGAAAUCCUCUAAGCAGGUCAUUGUCCACAGUGCCUACCAGGCGAAGAGAAUCCUAGCAUCUGAGAUUCGCAGCGAGGCCCAGAGACGCUUCCUCAUCCCAGUGUCUUACAAUGGCAGGUUCAAGCGCGGGCCCCGGACAUUUGCCACAGCGUAUGAUCUGGAGGUGGCCAAGAGUAACAAGGAGCAGCUGCACGUAGUGGCCACUAGGGCCUUUGAGACCCACUACGAGGGGCUGUCCUCGGUGCUGGUGGGAGACCAGUACCUGGUACACAAGAUGGAGACAAGCGAGGUGAUCUACGGAGACAAGAGGAAGACGGUGGAGGCCCUGGCCUGUGAGAAGAUGGUGGGGAAGAAGUACGAGGCCGUGCUGAUCCCCAUGUGUCUGGACGGGGGUUUUGUGGAGGUGGUCCACGACAAGAAGCAGUACAUGCUCUCAGACCUCUGCCACAGGUUCGCCCUGCCCUUCAACGUCAAGGUGUCCAUGAGGGACCUCUCAGUGAAGGAGGACCUCUUGGCUGGGGCCGCGGGGCUGCAGCUGGAGGAGGAGAUCACUGACCCCUACCUUAUUGUCUCCACCCUGGACCUGGCCCAGUGUUGGGAGGUGCCUGUCAACCGCACUAACAUGGCCCUGCAGCUUCUGGAGUGGUGGAAUGGCCCAAAGCUGACCCAGGGCGAGGCCGUCCGCUCAGCUGUAGAGGAGAUAGGAGAGGACUGCUACUUCACCCUGAGGAGGUAUGUCAAUGCCAGCGUGCUGCCUCCCCCUCGACCACCCAAGAGACACCAAAAGCACUCAGAAGAUACAGUGAAACUGCCGCCUCCCAGGCCGAAGAAGCCAGAUCCCCCCUCUCCAAAGAGCCCACAUGCAGCCAAUAAAGCCGAACAAGCAGUGCCUACCUCUACAACAUCAAGCUGUGCAGAACAGAACACCCCUCCACCAAGAAAUGAAACUUCCAAAACAAGUCUGGUCACAGUGACUGAUUCAGGCCCACAAAAAGCCACCGGUGAAGAAAACAGUCCUCGGCACAAGACCAUUAAACAGGAUGAUGAUGAUGAUGAUGAUGACACUAAAGAUUAUGAACACAUUGACGAGGAUGAACUUGCCAGCAUCAGGAGAAAAUUAAAUGACCAAAGUAUUCACGGUGGCGAAUCGCAUCUCUGCAUGUCUGGCAGACAUAUCAGUGUGGAUGACGGAUCACCACCUCAAGCUGAACCUCGGCAAGACGGAGCUGCUCUUCCUCCCGGGGAAGGACUGCCCGUUCCAUGAUCUCGCCAUCACGGUUGACAACUCCAUUGUGUCCUCCUCCCAGAGCGCUAAGAACCUUGGCGUGAUCCUGGACAACACCCUGUCGUUCUCAACUAACAUCAAGGCGGUGGCCCGUUCCUGUAGGUUCAUGCUCUACAACAUCCGCAGAGUACGACCCUGCCUCACACAGGAAGCGGCGCAGGUCCUAAUCCAGGCACUUGUCAUCUCCCGCCUGGACUACUGCAACUCGCUGUUGGCUGGGCUCCCUGCCUGUGCCAUUAAACCCCUACAACUCAUCCAGAACGCCGCAGCCCGUCUGGUGUUCAACCUUCCCAAGUUCUCUCACGUCACCCCGCUCCUCCGCUCUCUCCACUGGCUUCCAGUUGAAGCUCGCAUCCGCUACAAGACCAUGGUGCUUGCCUACGGAGCUGUGAGGGGAACGGCACCUCAGUACCUCCAGGCUCUGAUCAGGCCCUACAUCCAAACAAGGGCACUGCGUUCAUCCACCUCUGGCCUGCUCGCCUCCCUACCACUGAGGAAGUACAGUUCCCGCUCAGCCCAGUCAAAACUGUUCGCUGCUCUGGCCCCCCAAUGGUGGAACAAACUCCCUCACGACGCCAGGACAGCGGAGUCAAUCACCACCUUCCGGAGACACCUGAAACCCCACCUCUUUAAGGAAUACCUAGGAUAGGAU